AUGAGCGCCACCAAGGACAAGAAAUGGACCGACGAUAGCAUUCGAUGGCCGGAAGACCAAGACAAAAAUAAGGAGAACGAGGAGGAGGAGGAGGAAGAAGAAGGUCCAAUGGACAUUUUCAAAGAUCCAGACCCGACGGAAAGCUUUCAUUUUAAAUUUGAGGUGGACAAGCUUGAGACGGUGGAAAUUGAGCUGGAUGGGUAUAAGGCAGAGUCGGACGAAAUCUGGCAGUCUACUGGACUGACGAUUUGGAAGGCAUCCGAGUACCUCUGUCAUUACAUUGUCAAGCACAAAGAUGAUGAGGCGAUGGACCUUAGCAUGAAGAAAAGUACGGCAAAGGAUAAGAGACGAGUACUGGAGCUUGGAGCGGGACUUGGGUUGGUGGGAAUUUUAGCACACCGCAUCGCAUCUCCACAAUGCGAGGUAAUCUUGACAGAUGGAGACAGCGAAGCUCUCCCUCAUUUGCGUGAAAAUGUGGAUGAAAACAAGGAUGAACAGAAAGGACAAGUUCUAUGUCAACAGUUGAUUUGGGGUGAAGAAACAAGUUUGGAAUUUCUGGAACUGCAAAAGAAGGAAAAAUUCGACGUAAUCCUUGCCUCAGAUAUUGUAUAUUCACCAGUCAUCAUAAAACCACUCUGGGAAACAAUUCAGAUUCUGUUGGAACCAAAUGGAACGUUUCUGAUGGCAUAUGCCAAACGGCAAGUGCCCGUAGAGAUUGGCGACGUUCUAUCUGCUGCGACAGAGGCUGGAUUCGUGUACCAAGAGUGCAAAGAAUCGGAUCACGAAAAGGGAGUUUUCGUUUAUACGUUCCAAUGGAACGGGAUCCAAAAGGAAUGA